UUCAGGUCCAAGGGUGGGAAGUUUGUUCUUCGAAUUAAAGACACUAACUUGGAGAGAUCUACUAAGAAAUAUAAGGAAGCAAUGCUACAAUAUCUGACUUGGUUUAGUCCUGAUUGGGAUGAAGGCCCUGGUGUUGGUGGAGAAUUUGGUCCUUUUCGGCAAUUAGAGCAGAAUGAUUUGUACAAGCAGUAUGCUGAGAAGCUUUUGAACUCUGGUGAUGUUUAUAGGUGUUUUUGUUCUAAUGAGGAACUAGAAAAAAUGAAGGAGAUAGCAAAGUUAAAACAGCUUCCACCAGUAUAUACAGGAAAGUGGGCCAUUGCCACGGAGAGACCAGUACAAGAGGAGCUGGAGAAGGGGACGCCUUAUACAUACCGAUUUCAGGUGCCAAAGGAAGAUUGUGUAAACUUACUAUUUGCUUACCUCUUGCAUUUCAGAGAAGAGGAACAUUUACCGAAUAACCUGAGGCAGGCAUUGAUAUACAAAGCUCUAGGUUUUUCAAUGCCUUACUUUGCACAUGUCUCUCUAAUUCUUGCUCUCGAUAGGAGUAAACUAUCAAAACGUCACGGAGCAACUUCUGUGGGUCCUUUCAGUGAGAUGGGGUAUUUACCUCAGGCCAUGGUGAACUACCUAGCACUUUUAGGUUGGGGUGAUGGUACAGAAAACGAAUUUUUCACCAUUGAACAGCUUGUCGAAAAUUUCUCAAUUCAUCGUGUCAACAAGAGCGGGGUUAUCUUUGAUUCAACAAAACUAAGAUGGAUGAAUGGCCAGCAUUUAAGAGUGCUUCCAUCAGAUGAAAAUGGGAACUUGGAAGAACCCUUGGUCCCCAUCUGCUUCGAUAUCCUCCGUUUCCGGCUGACCCGUCCUACUCAAGCCAAGACUCAGUCGGACUCGGGCGAUAGAGUGACGGAGAAGGAGAUGGCUGAUAAUGGCGGAAUCUCGCCCGCAGGGUUUUCCUUCAAUCUGGCAGUUAUGGACUGCUCGUAUGGAUGUAAGAGUGCUUGUGGAAUGGGGAUUUUGGGUGGUGGGUUUGAGAGAAGAAGGAAACGGCUAGGGGGGAGCUGUUCUUUGGUUGCUGGUUUUCUACCCAAAGCCCUAGCUUCUGAAAACCAAAUGGCGGCCAAGAUAACCCUCCAAGGGACGGUUGAGAUGGAAGGAUGCAAGGGCACACUUCCCAUUUUUGAAACGUUGUGUUUGUAG